AGCUACGAUUCAGUUUUCGAAACAACUUCGCCCGGAGCGGUGUGUCAGUUUAGUAGCCAACCAAGUGUCUGCGCUAUCGCGUCCCGCACGUUUGCGCCUCAAAAUUCUAGAGCUACGAAUCCCGAAUUUGAUAUUUUUGUUACGAACGGGUUUGUUAAAGCGAGUGGUGAAUCAACGGGUUUUUGUUUUGAAAUCGCGACGAUCUGUAAUAACGCGUGAGCGUGUGUCCUUCAGUCAGCAGUUAUUCUAGAAGAGUCGGCCGGUUCACAAGUUCUGUUGAUCAUUUAUCAUCUUUCUCGGUUGGAUGCUGGUUUUCGGGAGGGAGGUUUGGAAUGUGGAUCUGACUAAAGAUACAGCGCAAUUCGAUGGUCUAUACGUUUUCGUGAGGUUCCAUUCAAUAGAUUGAAAAGAAAAGCCAACGAGUGCAACGAACCGUGGUAGGUCGAGUGCUAGUGAAGCAGUGAGCUGAGAAGUGAAUGCCUUUCUCAAGCCACAGGUGCAGCUCGAUGUGUUACGACUUACGCGAAGAGCGAUAAUAGAGAAGGAAGCACCAAAAGUGCGUGACGAUAUUUUGCUUCACCAUUAAAGCAACUUAUAAGGCAUUGGUUUUUGGGGGCAUCGCCAGAUAUUUUGUCGGAUAUAUACGCAGGGGGCCUGGCGGUAGUGAAAUUGUUCGUGCCACGGAUAGCAUGAAAAGCAGGCGUAGAAAAAGUGACUGAGGAUACGGUCGGUUGGUGAGUGUACAACCAUAAGGCAUAAUAAUGUCUGUCAACUAUGUGUACAAAGUGAAGAAAGGAAUACACAAAGUGAUCUACGACAAGCUCUACUUCAACUGUUCCACGUUCAGGAAGAUGCAUUACGAAUUUUUCAGUUAACCAGCUGUGCUGUCGUCCACCAUCGCUGCGAGGAUUUCUCUCAGAACCAGUCUCGUGUCAAGACCUACUGUUCCUAACCGUUCAGAGAACCUGCAGAAAUGGCUCCUGGGACCGGAACUGAACACGAGCAGCUGGCGACGGAAAGUGAAAGCUUCGCAGAGGAAAAGCAAUCCGGUAAGAUUUUCUUCAGAGAAAACGAACAGAAAAUUUGCACGUUUUCUGUCAAUCUAGAAGCCGCAGCGGAAGAAAGUGCAAAAUCAUCGAAGGAGGACGGCCAGAUUCGGUGUGCCAACUGCGAUGCGCUCUUCUUGAGGGAACGUUUUGAGGAACAUGUGUGUGAGUAUGACGAGCGGAAGGAGCGGAUCGACCCCAGCAGUGUGCUGGACAAACAUCCGUGUUUUCGACAACUGGAGGAAAACAUGGGAAUGUGGAAACGGCUGACCAACAGCAAAAAGGGUCGUGAUGAAGAGGCAGGCACGGGGACAAAGGAUAAGCGGAAGCAGCGCGACGGCAGUGAAAAGAAAAUUCACCGGUGCGGCCACUGCGAGCGGAAAUUUGUGCAUGCAUCCGGACUGGAGAAGCACCUGGCUAAAAUGCACCCGGAUAAAAAGAAUGAAGGAGGUGUCAUUGGUAACACCGUCCCCAAGGCCAAGGAUGCGGAACAGGAUGAUCCUUUCAAGGUGUGUCUCAAAUGCCUGAAAUGCGGAACGAUUUUCGGAUCGGUGGAUAGGAUGAUGGAGCACCUGCACACCGUCGAUUGGGAGCGAGAACUUGAAAAAGAAAAUGGAAACUAUAUGGAGAAUGGCAAGCUGUCUCUGCGGAAGGCAUGCAAGAUUGUGAUAUUAACCACGGUGUUCCAGUGUGAGUUCUGUGAUAAGCACUUCUCAGACUUACCGUCACUGUAUGAGCAUGAGUCGUACCAUGAUCCGGCAUUCGGUUACGAAUGUACGCUAUGUGAAAUCCGGAUUCCUAACAUAAAUGAUAUGCUGUUUCAUCGUCUAAAUGAAUGCGUUUUUCGGGAUGCAUGGAACGAAGAAUUUCGAUGUUUGUCCAAAUAUUUCGCCUGCAAUGUGUGUGAUGAACAGUUUGGAAGCUUGGGUGCUCUCUACGAUCAUCGUUAUGAAAACUACCACUUGUUCCCCCGUUUAUCAAGAUUGGAAGAAGAUGAAGCAUCUGAACAGAUCAAAGUAGGAUGCGAAAGCUGUGGGGCCAACUUUGAUAGUGCGGAUUCAAUCUUCGUUCAUCGCAACGAAGUACAUGCCCCUAAGAAACAUAGUACUUUAGGGUUCCGGCGUCAGCCUGCGGAGAAAUCCGUACAGGAAUCGAAUCAACCCUGUUCCUCUACAAGACCAUAUCUUUGCGAGUUGUGUGGUAAAACGUACACCCAAUCGAGUCAUCUGUGGCAGCACCUACGCUUCCAUAAUGGGAUCAAACCUUUUACGUGUCCGGAAGCUGGAUGCAAUCGCAGUUUCACCAUUCGCCCAGAUUUGAAGGACCAUAUCCGCAAGUGCCAUACCGGCGAACGACCAUAUCGAUGUGAUCUGUGUGACAAGCGUUUUCUCACUGGAUCUGUAUACUACCAGCAUCGCCUCAUUCAUCGGGGUGAACGGCGCUAUGGAUGCGAAGAUUGCGGCAAACGGUUUUAUAGAGCAGACGCCCUAAAGAACCACCAGAGAAUCCAUUCCGGUGAGAAACCAUAUUCAUGUCCACAUUGCACGAAGCAGUUCCGCCAGCGCGGUGAUCGCGAAAAACACGUUCGGGUGAAGCACUCGAAGGAAGAAUCAUCGAAUGGCGUAAUGUUCAACUGCGACCCAUCAUUACGCUAUGAUGAGACACCCCGUUCAAGUCGCGUUCAGCACAAAGGCCAACAACGUCGUAAAGGCGGUGUCCAGUCGAAAAAGCCUUGCCUGCUUGUGGAUCCUGUUGAGGAGCAUUCCGAUUCCGGUGUGGGGGUGGACUUUGGAGAUGUGUCCCUGCCGGCUAGUUUGUUUCAACCAAUUCUGAAUGAUAUUGAUAUGUUGUGAAAAUUUAACCUAUUCUAUUCGAUUCUAAUUCUGUUUGUCCAUUUUCAAUAGCACUGGUUUUACUGAAUCGUGUUUUUUCAUACCCUCGUGCAAAAAACUUAGCGUUAUACGUGUUCAUGAAAUAAUUAUUUGUUAUCUAAACUCUAAACAGUAUUGUUUGAUUGUAACUGCAUCUCACUGAAAUUAUGUAACAUAAUUGUAAAGGGAUUAUAUGCGAUCUAUUAGCAAAAAGGUAGACCAAAGUUUACCGUCUGUGGUGUUUCGAACAAAAAAUUGCUCAUUCCUUUGAUUAAUCAAU